AAUAAGAAUUGGAGAGUCAUAUAUAGAAAUGCAACGCUGUAUAAAAAUUUCAAGACAUUCGACUUCUUUUUAACCAUUGUCAAGUAUAUUUAAUGUUUUUGGCACAACUAAGAAUUUACGCAUUAUUAACAUAAACUGCAAAAUACUACUGAUGUGAAAUGAAAAAAAAACAUAAAUAAGAAAAAAUAUCUGGAAGGCUGUAAAAUAUCUGCCUUCCAUAAAUUAUUUAAAUUAUAAAAAUGUUUAAAAAUUAUAUUUGGUCGUUAGCAAGUUAAGGCGAAUAUGUUAUAAUCGUGAUUACAACUGCUUUCUUAUCACACAAAACUUAAAAACUAUGAACAUUUACACGAUGCGAUAAAUAUAAUUAAAACAAACAAGACCAAAAUAUAUUUUAAAUAUUUUUAAUUCGAUUGUCUGGCAACAAGUUUAGUUCCCAAAAAAUCAGCAAUUGAAGAAAGCAGCAAAGGUCGGUAAAUGUUGUUGAAGUUUUGAAGCAACAAUCGUUUGUGGAGAUUUUUAACAAUUCGGAUAUUCAAAUGGACUUUUCAAAAGUUGAGUAUGAAGAUGUGCGAAUUCCCGUGCCUUGGGGAUAUAUUUCUGGUCGUUGGUAUGGCAAUAGAAAUCGACGUCCAAUAUUGGCACUGCAUGGUUGGAUGGAUAACUUAGGUACUUGGGAUCUAUUACUACCACAUUUACCGAAACAUAUUGGUAUCCUCGCUAUUGACUUCCCUGGACAUGGACAAUCAUCGCACCUACCUCAGGGUAUGCAAUAUCAUGUGAUCGAUUAUGUUACUAUAGUUAUGCACAUUAUAAAAGAAUAUAAUUGGAAAAAAGUAUCACUUAUGGGACAUUCAAUGGGUUCAGUUGUAGUAUACCUCUAUGCAGCAUUAUAUCCUUCAAUUGUGGAUUUAAUAGUAAACAUCGAUUUAAUAAAACAAGCUUUCUGGAAAACUGAUUUUGAAAUCAAUCGUUUUGAACGUAAUCUAAUAAGACGCCGAAAUGAUAUGACUGAAAUAACAAAUAGAAGUGAACCAAAAUCAUAUGAUUUCAAAACUUUAGAAAAUAUAGUUCAUGAAGGAUUUGGCCGUUCCGUUGAUAUUGAGAAUUGUAAAUACCUUUUAUAUCGUAACAUUACCAAAUCACAAAUAUCUCCAGAUAAAUAUUAUUUUUCGACAGACGAUAGAAUAAAGUAUAUGGAACUAUUUACGGCCACCUAUGAACUUACAUUAAAACUAAAUAAAAGAAUUAGAAACAUUCCAUAUUUUGUGAUAAAAGGCUUGAAUUCUUCAUAUCUUAAUGAAGAUUCGAGUGAAAUCUUAAAGGUACUACGCAAAAAUAAUCCACACUUUGAAUAUUACGAAAUUGAUGGGACACAUCACUUACACUUGAAUAAUGCAGAAGAAGUGUGUAAAUAUCUUAAUCCAUUUUUGAACCGUCACUGUCCUGCUGAGCUUAGUUCUUGGUCAAUUGAUGAUAAUAUUGAGGACGUAAGGAGUAAAUUGUAAAAUUUUCGUUCUAAUUUUAAUGUAAAUAUGUACAUUUGUUAUUUUAUUUUGUAUUGGGAAAAUAA